CCUACCUGUGAGAAUGUGGUGCUGUUCCUUGGCGAUCGUGUGUCUCCUGCUGGGAUUUUCAGAGGCCCGGAAGGGAUUUGGACCUGGGGAGCAGGACUGGGGCUACGUGGACGUGCGGGAGGGGGCCCACAUGUUCUACUGGCUCUACUACACCACGGCCAAUGUAAGGAGCUAUACGGAGCGACCGUUGGUCCUGUGGCUCCAAGGUGGACCCGGUGGCGCCUCCUCGGCUUUGGGCAACUUCGUGGAACUGGGACCAGUGGACAUAAAGGGCGCACCGCGGGAGGGAAACUGGGUGCAGCACGUCAACGUGCUGUUCAUCGACAGUCCCGUGGGAUCGGGCUUUAGCUAUGCCGACAACACCAGUCUGCUGGUGACCAACAACAAAGAGCUCAUCGACGACCUCAUGACCUUCAUGUUGCACUUCUAUAAUUCGCACACCGAGUUAAAGAAUGUCCCACUGCACAUUUUCUCAGAAAGUUAUGGAGGUAAAGUGGCUCCCGCCUUGGCCAUCAAACUGGAAAAAGCCAUGAAGGCUGGUGAACUGGCAAGGCCUGGAAUCCUAAAGUCCGUGACCAUAGGGAAUCCCUGGAUAUCCACUCGCCAUAUCUGUCGCGAACACUCUAAGUACUUGUUCGUCAAUGGUCUAAUCGAUGAGGAUGGGGUGGCGGAAAUAGAUGCCCAAGAGAAGAAAAUCCUGAGCGCCCUCGAGAAUCACGAGUUCGAAAAGGCCACCGAUGAGUAUAUAGCAUGGUUCGACAUCAUGCAAGAACUGACCGGUGGGAUCUACGUAUACAACACACAGACCCACAUCGAUCCCUCUGAGGAUCACACCUACGGCUUCGGACCUGAAUUGAACCUCCUGAUGGAGUUUAAAGUGAGUAAGGCCCUGCAAAUUGACGGUAAUGUUUAUGCGUCUCAAGUCAUUGAUGUGUUCACGUUUCUGCACGGAGAUCGCCUUAUAUCGGACAUUUAUGCAAUUCCUCAUCUGCUAAACGAGACCUCCGUAAAGGUAAAUAUUUAUUCCGGCCAGUUGGAUACCCUGGUACCCACCUCAGCCACUCUGGCCACGAUCAAGGACUGGGUCUGGAAGGAUAAGUCGGCCUAUCUCCGGGCCAAGCGCACCGCCAUCCUCGUCGAUGGAAUACUCCAGGGCUACCAAAAAGUCGGGGGCAACUUCGGGAUGUACUGGAUCAAUCGGUCGGGACAUUUGGCACCCUCCGACAACCCAACUGCCAUGCAAUAUGUCCUAAAGUCCGUCACUGAGUAUAAUAAAUAAUUUUCAUUUAAUAUUUCAUAAAUAAACGAUAGGUUUUGAAUAUAAUUUAAGGCCUGGAAAGGCUUCGUCUGCCAGAUGCCGACUUCCAUUAUUUUCUGCUGACGUCUUAACCAAGUGUGGUUAAGUCUUUUUGGUUAAGUCUGUGUUGAAUAAUGAGAAUUGUUUAUUUAAAUAUCUCAAGAGUAUUGUGAGCUAAAACAAAAUAAAAGAAGCAAAAUAGAACUUAUA